AUGUCGAGCAAGACCAACAUCCUGCCGAGCGAAGAGACACCCUUCAACCAGAGUCAGAACUGGAGUCCUAUGGACCGCUACGACAUCCAAUACACCCCCGAGCGUGCCAUGCGUCCCCGAUCUGGAGUUGGCAACGUAUUCCUCUUCAUCCUCGCCAUCUUCCUCCCGCCUGUCCCCGUGUUCAUCAAGGCCGGAUGUGGCUGUGACAUUCUAGUCAACAUCCUCCUUUGGGCGCUCUGCUGGAUUCCUGGUGUGCUGCACUCGAUGUUCAUUAUUGCGACGCGUCCGAUUAUGAGUGGUAUCGCCGCGCUUGAUACUUUGCGUGAACCCGACCGUUCUCCGUGUGCACAGGAAGCCGCGCGGUCACGUGCCAAGAUUUUUCACCUGACGUUGUCGAUCAUUUGCCACCCAACACCUCCAUCUCACCCAGAUACCCAGGCCACCAAGCACUACAUCGACCCGCGCGGCCCACGCGCGAUGCCUGUCGAGAUUCAGACCCACGAAACAGCGGCUACCGGCGUCUCGAAAACGACAGACGAUGCCAAGACCGAGCCUAAUGGUGUCGGUCCGACAUCGUCCUCCGUAACCACCGCGCCGUGUCAAGAAGACAUUGACACGGCGCUGCGCCAGCGCGCCGAGAUAACUGCCCGCCUCGCCGAUUCGCCCUACGACCUCGUAGCGUACCUCGAGCGUGCCCGCGUGCACGCGACCCUGGGGUAUCCCGACCUCGCAGCCGGGGACGCAUACCGCGCGCUUCUGCUAGCAGAUGAGGCGCGCACCGAGGGCUUCGAGUACCACGAAGAGGCCGCGGCCGCUCUAGCACCCUACGAUGCGCCAUCUGUGCUCGACGGCCUGCAGGGCGAGAUGGCAGACCGCGGCGCGGCCGCCGCAUACCGCCUUCUCACCCGCGCUCUGCUCGACGCCGGCUGCCUGUCGUCAGCAGCGACAUUCCUCAAGCGCGGCCUGGACGCGUCGCCGAACGACACGGAGCUAGCCUCCCUGCGCGCCGCGCUCGAAGCGGCCGUCGCGAAGCGGAUGCCCGCCCCACCAGCGGACAUCUUCGCCCCCGAUGUCCUUCCCGACACCACGCUCGUGCGCCGCGAAGUAUACCCGUGGAACGAGCACGAGCCGGACCGCUUCUCGGCCGCGUCGCUCGCCGAGCUGAACGCGACGCUUCAGCGCUUUGCGCCCAAGUGCGCGGUGCAGGUCGCGACGCUCCCGGUGCUCUUGGACGGAGUGGCGCUGGGCACGACGUGCUCGCAGCUGGGCGUGUUCGCGACAGCGGACAUUGCGCCCGGCGAAAAGGUGCUGGAAGAGUACUCGCUCCUCACCGCCAACAACCGGAUGAAGGACAGCGUGUGCGACGCGUGCUCGUCCGAGCUGCCGCGCGACCGCGCGGGCGUCGUGCUGUGCGACGAGUGCUACGACACCGUGUUCUGCUCGGCGGCGUGUGCGGCGCACGCAGAGCGCUACCACCCGGCGGUGUGCGGCACGGGCGCGGACGAGAUCGGCAAAGACCCCGCACCGCACGAAGCCGACGAGAGCCUUCAUCUCCUGUUGCUCGCGCGCGUGCUCGCCCUCGCCGCGCAGGGCGACGUGCACCCCCUCGACGUGCCCGAAGUCAAGUAUAUUUGGGGCGACUUUACGCCACACCCCACCCUCCCGUGGAGCUUCAAGUACAAUGUCGAGGUGCCGCUGCACAUUUUGGAGACGAUGGAUGUGGACGUGUUCGCGGCGCCGCAGUACGAUACGUGGGUCCUCAAUACGUUGUACGCCAAGUUUAGGGGCACGGCGAGCGCGCGCAAGAACCCGCUCGACGGCAAGCCGGACGUCGCGGCCGUGCACCCGUACUGGUGUCUUGCGAACCACGAUUGCGACCCCAACGUGUCGUGGGAUUGGGCGGGGACGAUCGUAUUGACGGCGCGGGAGGAGCGCAUGGCGCAACCGGCCGGCGUUAAGGCUGGCGAAGAAAUCCUCAAUCAUUACUGCGAUAUCCGGCUGCCCGUUGCUGAAAGGCGGGAGUGGGCCAGCGGGCCCCUCGGCGGCUGGUGCAUGUGUGCGCGGUGUAAGCGGGAGGCCAAGGAGGGGGAGUGGGCAGAGGAGGGGGGUGAGGGGCAGGGCGUGGAGGCGCAGCUGGAGGAGGAGGCCGCGCGGAAGCGCAACAAGGCUCCGCCACCGCCUGCUGUCAAGGUCGCCGUCGUGGAGGUGGCGUAG